AAGGCAAAGCCCUCCAGGACUGCUCACUUCUGCAGCUCCACAAGAUGCCACACCAUCCCUUCGCUUCUUGCAUCCUGCCUGUCCUGGGGUUUGGCAGCAGUUGGAGGAGGCGGGACACAGCAUACAAAUUCGGGAAGAAACAUGCCAGGCUGGCUUCUUGCCUGCCGCCCUGGAGGCAGAGUGGGAAGGUGAAGGCAGCAGCUCAGAGCAGCUGCUGGCCCAGGGGAUCAGUGGGUGCUCCGGCAUUGGCCACAGCAGAGGUAGGCACUGCAUGGGGUGCAGGGGUUUCUGCUUGACUGGUCUCUCGUGGAUAGGGGUGUUGUUGGGCAGCAUCUUGGUGAAAUCAAACCUGAGGGCAUACCCAGGCAUUGCAACAGAGAUCCCUGCAGUUUGAAUGUUCUCUAGGGAGAAGGGAGGGCUCCCAGGGGCCUUUCAUCAGCUCAUGAUGGUGAUGCUCAGAGAGGGGGAUUGAGGUGCUUGACCCUAUACAGAGUCAAAGAGGGAGGGAUGACCAUUCAGAAGGACUGGCAAAAACCAUUGAACCCCCACCCUCCCUGGAGAUGUGCACUGGUGGUGGUGCCCAAUACCCUGGGACAGAAGCAGGAGAUGGCUCUGUGGGGCAGACUGGGUCAGAGUACAUAUGGGCAGAUGACGUAUCCAUCAGUGAUGUGCUCCUGGAGGCUCUCAGUGCUGAUUUCAACCCCUGAAGCAACAGGAUGACUCUGUGGGAUGGCUCCUUCCCCUUCUACCCUGGCACCAAUGCUUGCUUCCCCUUCGACACCACCUGGGCCAUCAUUGCCUCCGUCUUCCUCUCUGCACUGGUCACUUCCAUCAUCAUCCUGCCAGGCAUCCGUGGCAAAGGGCGGCUCUUCUGGCUCCUGCGGGUGGUGACAAGCCUCUUCAUUGGAGCAGUGGUCCUCACCAUACAGUUCACCAGGGACUGGGAGAGCGGCUGGGUGACAGCCAACACCUCCUACAAAUCCUUCAGCUGCGCCGUGGUGAAUGCAGAUAUUGGGCUGCACAUCGGCCUGGCAGGGGUGAACAUCACACUGGUGGGAAACCCAGUGCAUCAGGUCAAUGAGACCAUCGACUACAACGAGCACUUUGCCUGGAGCUUCGAUGCAGACUACGACCACAGCUAUAGUGAAGGCCUGGAGAAGGGGCUGCCCAGCCCCAUCCUCUACGUGGCGGAGAAGUUCACCACACAAAGCCCCUGCAACGUGCACAGGCAGUACCGCAUCUCCAGCCGCUAUGCAUCCAUCACACUGUGGAUGGCCUUAUGCACCUGGCUCAUUUCUAUCCUGCUCUUCUCCAUGCCCAUCCUCCUUUACGGCGGCUACAUGCUCCUGCUCACUGCUGUGCUGAUGUUUUUUUCACUGCUCUUCUUUGUCACGGUGAGGAACAUCCCAAAGUGUCCCAUCCUGUUUGGGCCAGCCUCCCUGAAAACAGAUUACGGCAGAUCUUUUUGGCUGACAUUAACAACAGGGCUGCUCUGCCUGCUGCUGGGACUGAGUGUGAUUGUUCUCAACUCUGUGCACCCUCAGAAACUGAAGCUUGUUUUCAACCUGGACGAGGGAAAGAGAGAAGAAGUAGAUGGGUGGGACAAGUCCCACCUGCCAGCUGAGUCCAGCUCCUCUGAGCAGGACAUACUGAUGGUGUCCCUGGGUGAGCUCUGUGAGGUUACAGCCACCAAGCUGUGAGGCAAAAACAACAUAGUCUUGGAGAUCUCCUUGACAUGGAAGCUAAACCAAAAGAAACUAGAGAGAAAUCAAAUAUAUAUAAUAAACAUACAAGUAUAAACCAAAGGAGAAGCAACCCCUACACAUAUCCCAAUAGCACACUCACCCCAAAAGGUCUGCCAGAAGCCCACUCUGCCCAACAAUGCUCUUCACAUUAACAGGUGGAGAAGAAAGAGCAGAGCUGUGGGCACUAAAGUACCCUGUAUUCAGCACCUGCUCUUGGUCUGGAGUGAAGGAUGGGUUGGCAAGGAAUCCCACCAAUUAGCAGGAUGUUGGUUGCACCAAACCUUGGAGAUUUCUUCAGUGUUGGAAGUACCAAACCUUGGAGGCAUCCUAAAUGUUGGAGGCACCAAGUCUUGCAGAAUUCUUGCAUGUCAGAGAUACCAAACCCUAGAGACCUUCCAGAUAUCAAAAAUACUAAAUCUUGGAGGCUCCCGGGAUGUCAAGGAUACAUAUCAGAUGUCAAAGGCAAAAACAUCAGUUGAAGAUCAUGAAAUGUGAUUUACCAAGACUCUUGUGGCCUUCUGAAAGGAAGAUAAAAUGUUUUGGUGGGUGGGAAGGAAAGGACAAAGAGGGGGUGGAAGUGCAUACCCCAGUUCCCCCGUCCCUGUCUGUAAACAGUUUGCAGGAGGAGAGUACCUAGAAGUACCUGGUUUCAUGCUGCUUAGUUGCCCACUUGUUAUGGAGCGUGCAAAUAUGUAAUCCUACAGACUCACAGUGGAUGUGGCCAACUACUCCUGGCUGCUGGUGGCUAGCAGGUACCUUGGUCAUGCAGAGUGUGUAUUUCAGGUUUGCAUUCCUUUAACUCUGUGCAGGCUUUUCAACAACAUUUUUCUGUUUUGUACUCACUUACUGUCCCUUCUGUCUCAAUAAAGUAAGCUGGACCUGAUCUUUCUCUUGUAUGUCAUUAAAAGAAUCCCUGAGUGCUGAUAGGCUAGGGAUAUGCUGAUCCUUUGACAUGAUGAUCAUAGGAAAGGGAAGAAGUGACAGCGUUGUUGUGGCCCCACAUCUGACAGUGGCUGAUUAGCUCAAGGCAAUAGGGGCAACUGGUAAGUAGAAUAUCAGGGAAAUAAUCAACCAGGAUAUGGGAAGGUUGGAGUGACCCUGGACGUGAGGAGGUCUUGAUGAGAGCAAUCCCCAGACCAGCAUAGGGAAGACCAUUGUGCAGGGCCCUCAGGGAAGGUGUGCUCAGGCAUGGUAACUUGUCCCAUCCCUCUCCAGAUGGAAAGCGCUUCAACAAGGACCUUAAGGCAUUUAGAAACACGUCAGAAUGGAACUCCUUGAGUUUUCAAAACUUCAGCUAGGACAUUCCCUAUGGCAUCUACUAGGAGGUGCUUCAGCCUAAAGAUCCAAGGUGAAACAGAAGCCUUUUAUCCAUUGAAUGGAAAUUCAGCCCUCGUAAACCUCUGCCUUUCCCAGUGUGUCCCCAUUUGCAGCCCAUCCCGGCAGCAGUCAGCGGGCAGCUCUGGUGCCUGCUAAGUGGUGUGGUGGCUGCAUGUCCCAGGGCACUGUGUGCCUUCAGGCAUGAGGACCACGAUCCUCGCAGAGCCCCAGGGACAUUUUGUGGUGUUUGCUCUGUUUGCU